GCUAACUGUGACAGUAGUGUUAACUUUGAAGAUCCUUUCGUGUAUUUGGGCCUAAAUUAAAAUAAAAAGAUGACUUGUACGCUGACAAGGAUUGGUGGUAUUAAAAACCUUUGCCGGAUAGCAAAUUUGGCUCCGCAGUCGUGCAAGUUAUCAACAUCAACCAAUAGUACAUGGAACAAGAAGCAACAAAAGCUUUUGACAUGGGUCGGCUUGCUUGCUGGAGGGUCUGGUGCAUUGAUUUACUCCCUGGAAAAAUCUAUAAAUGCCUCAGGAAGCGAAGCUCAUGCUCCACACCAUCCAUGGAGUCAUGAUGGUAUUAUUGACUCAUUGGAUCAUGCUAGUGUACGCCGUGGAUACCAAGUUUAUAAGCAAGUGUGUGCCGCUUGUCAUUCAAUGAAAUAUAUUGCGUACCGAAACUUGGUUGGUUUCACGCAUACCGAGGCGGAAGCUAAGGCCGAGGCUGAGGAAAGCCAGAUCCGUGAUGGACCUGAUGACCAAGGCAACUAUUACAUGCGCCCUGGAAAACUAUCUGACUACUUCCCAAGUCCCUAUCCCAAUGAGGAGGCAGCUCGUGCCGCCAAUAAUGGAGCUUAUCCACCUGAUUUGAGCUACAUCGUUGCUGCUAGAAAGGGUGGCGAGGACUACAUUUUUGCUUUGCUUACGGGAUAUUGCGAUCCUCCAGCUGGCGUCGUCCUUCGUGAUGGCCAAUAUUACAAUCCUUACUUUGCUGGUGGAGCCAUCUCUAUGGCUCAAGCAUUAUAUAAUGAAGUCAUUGAAUAUGAAGACGGAACACCUGCAACAGCCAGUCAGUUAGCUAAGGAUGUAAGUACUUUCUUGAAAUGGUGCUCUGAGCCAGAACACGAUGAUAGAAAGAGAAUGGUCAUCAAGGCCGUCGGCAUCUUUGGAUUACUCUGUGCGUUUUCUUACUACGUCAAGAGACACAAGUGGUCUGUUCUUAAAUCACGAAAGAUUCAAUUUUACCCAAAAAAAUAAGUAAAUAUAAUUUAACGAAAACAUAAAGAUGUAAAUGAAUAACAGCACUCAUUUCGAGGUUUAGAAACAAUGUUGGAUAAAUAAAUAAAUUGAUCAAUAAAUACCGGCAAAGUA